AAGGUGGAUGUUUGUAGUACCAAUAAAGGACAAAAUACAAAGUCGGUCAAAUUUGAAAGUAAGGGUCAACGAGAAUUGUGCUUGAGUUCGUUGGGAAUUUGGAUGAACAAAAACUCAUUACAGCUUCCUUCAUAAGUCAACAAUAGCGGUGAUGAUGAUGAAAGUAAGGUCCUUUGAUUGAUUCGUUCCAUAGUUUAUACUCAAUGGGUUGCAAAGUCUCAAAAUCAGCUCCAUUGGAGGAACCAACUCCGUCUAACUCCUUACAUGACCGCUCUGCUCUCGCUUCUGAUACCCCUUUUUCAGAGAGUGAGAUUGAGUCUUUGCAUAAUCUAUUUCAGAAACUGAGUGAUUCUGUAAUCAAAGAUGGCCUAAUUCACAAGGAAGAACUUCGGCUUGCAAUAUUCAAGAAUGUCAAUGAAAGGAACCUCUUUCUGGACAGGAUUUUUGAUCUGUUUGAUGCUAACAAAAAUGGGCGAAUUGGGUUUGAGGAAUUUGUUAAGACAUUGAGUGUUUUUCAUCCCAACACUCCGAAGGCAGUCAAGAUUGCACAUGCAUUUAAGCUGUACGAUCUUAGGCACACUGGAUUUAUCGAGCGUGAAGAGCUGAGAGAGAUGGUGUUGGCUCUUCUGUGUGAAUCUGAUCUAGUUUUGCCCGAUGAUGUAGUCAAAAUGAUUGUCGACAAGACUUUUAAUGAAGCAGAUGCAAAGGGUGAUGGUAAGAUUGAUGAGGAGGAGUGGAAAGCAUAUGUAGCACAAAAUCCUUCUCUACUAAAGCACAUGACUCUUCCAUAUUUGAUAGACAUGACAUUGGCAUUUCCCAGCUUCGUGGACAGUGGAGUAAAAAGCUCUGAUCUGAAGGCUUAACCUACGAAGGUUCUCAAAAUCCUUGUCUUUACAGAUGGCUGAAGUAGUUUAUAAACCCCAUUUCUUUUGCAGCAGCCAAAACUGGUUCACGUUUCUUUGCUCCGAUGAUCCUGCAAUUUGAAUUUCAUUUCCAUGGGCAUCUAAUUCAUCAGUCAGUUCCUGGUGAAGAAGAUAUCUCCAUUAGAAGUUCCAUGAUUGUGUUUUGCCACUUCAGCUAGCUUCUGAAAAGCGGGGCACAAAAUGGCUCUCAUCUUCAUAUCCGAAUCAUAUUGUGUAUUUAUAUAUCAAAACCUUAGUUAAGGAGCAACCGUAUAAUCUACAGAUUGUAAAGUGAUUAAAUAAGAAAGUUACAAAUAUUCACAAA